CCCGAAGCCCCAUGCACGGGCAACCGGAGCGAGCUCGACCCGGCCGGACGAAACGCUAAUUCGUGCCCCGCGGAGGACAGGACGACUCAGACGAGGCAGAGAAGUCGGAGGGCUUCUGGAAGGAGUUCUUCCUCCUGCGGCCCGACCGGCCAUCGCUGCGGCAAUUACUCGACGACAUAGGGCCCAAUGACCUGCUCCAGCUUCAACACCAGACGAGGCAGCUGUUCGCGCGGACGGUGGCGACUCUCAAGAAUCCAUAUGGCGUCGCGGACCUCCAUGCGCUGGAUACCCUAAGCACCUUCAUGAUUGCGGUGCUGGCCAAGAAGUACACGAAUCCGAGUUCCGACGUCAUCGAGCUCCUCGCCGGCCUCGACCAUGUCGAUACCGUCUUUACCGAAUUCGUGGGCGCGCUCGAGUCACUCAUCCGGAACGGGAGGAGUAGCGCACACGAAUGUUGCCCGAACGGCGUGGGGCACGUCGGGCAGGAGGAGUCAAGACCGCGGAGCAGGGCGUCCUGCACGUACACGGCAGAUCUGCAGCAGAGGGCGGUGGAAGUAGCACUGGCUCUGACGUCUGGGGCAUAUCAGACCAGUCUCCUGACCUACUUCAUCCAGAGGGACUUGUUCCCCGCAAUAAUCAACUGCAUCCAGUCCCAGAUUUCGUCUACCGCGCCAGCGCCGCGGAUAACAUCACCCUUCGUGCUGCUCGGGCUCUUGGCGAAUUACAACAAGUUCGAAUUCCAAAACCCCUACCAGAUGCGGCUGAAUGACUUUGUUAAUGAGCGGAUCAUCCGGGGCAUCGUCAGGAGCGUUGGGCAAACAUGCCAGAGGUUACGGGAUCAGUUCAUCGACGUGCAGGAAGAUCUUCCCGAAGGGUGGACACUGUCGGGGGCACUGAGCAAGAUCGGCCUGGGCGCCAUUGCUCCCGGUGGCGCACCGUCCCCGAAACCGGCCUAUGACGCCGAAACAGCAAAGAAGAUGUUCGCCGCGCUUCCAGGACAUGAGGCAGCAGUGCUCCUAGCCACCUACGAUUUCACUCACGCAAAUAAGCUCUUCAGCCUCGAGCUGGUCACAUGGAUGCCCGACAAGGGCGAAGAGCAACCCUUCGCCAGCUUCAUCUCGCUCUCGUCGUACCUCCUGCAGCACGCGCACCUCUCGCAGCGCGCCACCCUCUACAGUCACCUCAACCUGAUGGUGUUCCGGCUGCUGAUCGAAGACCCGAUCCUGUGCAAGCGCAUCUGCAGCGAGGAGAGCAAGGUGGCGGUGAGGCUGUGCCGGCAGCGGGCGCCGCACCUGCCGCUCGUGCGGGGCGAGCGGGUGCUGGCGGCGGCGGUCAUGGACGCGAUGGUGGACGCGCUGACGCACAACCUGCGACGGCGGCUCGACGUCGGCCUGUACACGCUCUGCGUCGGCAUCCUGCUGCGCGUCAUCGGCUACCUGUCGCGCUCGCGCACCCGCCUGCCCUACCACUGGGCCGAGCUGUUCCGCGCGCUGCUCUCGCUCGUCCGCUUCCUCACCAGCUACGCGGCCGACCUGCGCGGCCUGCCGCACAUCGACACCCUGCUGGACCACGUGGUCAACCUGGUCGCGCUGGGCCUGUCUGCCGGCGAGACGUUCCUGCCCACGCCGGCCGCCUACGACGACUUGUUCUACAAGGUCGUCGAGACGGGCGACGUGCUGGUCAAGUUCCGCGAGACGUACGGCCUGGCGGACCGGCCGAGCAACUCGAUCGACACGCUCGUGAACGUGAGCAUGCACUACAAGGAAAUGCUUGCCGAUCGGGGUGGUGGUGGUGGUGGUGGUGGUGGUGAUGCGAAAGGCAGCGGGAAUGGGAAGGCCGGGGCCGGUGGCGCGCGGAGGACGGGCUCGCAGCUGACGAGCCUGCAGGUGGCCGAGGUGAUCAAGCAGGGCUACGAGACGCUCAGCAUCCAGGCCAAGGAGGGGCUGGACAGCUGGGAGAAGUACCGCGAGGCGGACGAGAGGACGCUGUUGAAAAAGAUGGCCCGGGCGGCCGUCGCGGAUGUCAGGGCCAUGGUGGCAGAAUGAUGGGGCAACGUUGGGCCCUGGCACGGUCAAGAGCUCAGCCGUUAGGCUGAGUGUUCACUUGGGCAGAGCGAUUGCACGGUUCAUGAUCGUUGAUACCAGUCUGCGCGGGCAGCAA